AGAGAAAGCUCUGCUGCCGAAACACUGCGUCGACUCCCGUUAAUAAUAAACACAUUGCGGAUUAUUUUAUGGAUUUAUAAAUGCACGAUUCAAAGGAAACAUUUCACGGAUUGUAUCACGAAUUGGGAAGUUUUGUCCAGGAAGAGAUUGGAAUUUAGAAGUUUUCUCCAGCAGGAAUCUGGAUUGAUGUCUUAAUGCAACUGUUUUGGAAAGAGACGAAGGGCAACUUAACGAAGACUCCAAGUAAAACUAGUUACGGUGACAUCCCGUUCUCGCCGGGCACAGCAGGUGUUUCGGCUUUUCUUGGCUCCACCGGGGAGAUGUUUCAGGGGUUCCCCGGAGACCUCGACACCGGUUCCCGUGAAAGCUCAUCUCCUUCUCUUGAAUCUCAGUACCUUUCGUCCGUGGAAUCCUUCGGGAGCCCACCCACCACCAGCGCACCGCAAGAGUGUGUAUCUACCACAGGUGGGGUAGGGGUGGGUGGAGGGUCAACUGGCACCGGGGCAGGGGUGGACAUGCCCAGCUCAUUUGUGCCCACAGUGACGGCCAUCACCACCAGCCAGGAUCUGCAGUGGAUGGUGCAGCCUACUCUCAUCUCCUCUGUGGCACCGGGACAAAGCGCCGCAGGUUCCAGCACCAUGACGCAGCCUGUUGCCUUGGAUCCUUAUGACCUGCCCGGGACAAGUUUUUCUGCUGGGGGCUUCACCCCACCAAGCUCUGAUGCUCCUGGCCCAGUGCGUCAGUCUCGAAGCCGACGGCGUACACGAGAUGAAGCGUUGACCCCUGAGGAGGAAGAGAAAAGACGAGUUAGAAGAGAGAGAAAUAAACUGGCUGCCGCUAAGUGUAGGAACCGACGGCGUGAGCUCACAGACAGGUUACAGUCGGAGACAGACAUAUUGGAGGAGGAGAAGGCUGAGCUAGAGGCAGAAAUAUCCGAGCUGCAAAAGGAGAAGGAGCGCCUGGAGUUUGUCCUGGUUGCGCACCAGCCCAGCUGCAAAAUUCCCUAUCAGGACCAGCCGCCUGCGCAGAUGCAGCAGACCUCCCCACAGGCAGCUUCCGUCUCCGUGGUGGGUUUGACUGUGAAGGAGGACUCUUUCUACCUGCCGCCCGCCUACUCGUCCCACCACCACCACGUCCCGGUUUCACAGCCCACGCAGACACAGCCGGCCCCAGGACAGCAGCAGCAAGGGAUGAUGCAGGAGGUAGCCUUUUCUAGUUCUUUCUAUGGGCAGGGCCAGCCGGCGCAGGACGGCCCGUGCCUUGUUGCCGACGGUGGCGGUAACCCUGACGCCGGCAGCUACAUCCCCUCAUACACAUCUUCAUUUGUGUUCACCUACCCAGAGGGAGCCUGCGGGGCCAGCGCUAACCAGCGAACCAGCAGCAGCGAUCAGUCCUCAGAUUCCCUGAACUCACCCUCGCUUCUUGCACUUUGAGAGCUCUGCAUCUCUGCCUCUGCUUGCCUGUCGACAAAAACACAUAUGCACAUAGAGAUCUGAACAUUUGGCAUUAAAUAAUUAUUAGGGAUCUCAGACAAUCUCCAUUUGUUUCUGGGAUCUCUGUCUUUUUACAUUUUAAAUUAAGGCCCAGAUGCGUUAGUGUCUGAGUGACUUCAUCACGGUGAUUUAAGUGUAUAUUAAUUCACAAUGAAUUCAGGCUUAAUAUCAAGAUGAGUCACUGGCCAACGCGCACACAUGUUUAAAUCCGCCAGCGUGUGUGGCACAUAAUAAUAAAAAAGCACAUUAGCACUCUCCCUCUUGCUUAUAUCUUUUCUUGCUCUAGCAUACAUUGGUGUACCAUCUCCCUCCUUCUCUCUCUCUCUCUAUCCAUGCCAGGUGCCUGCAGUGUUUUUGUCUAAACAGAAAAGGGGGGCAAAGAACUGCUUUUGUGGGUUUCGUUUAUUUUUGGGCCAGAUACUGCCUUGCUACUCUUUUUUUCCUCAUCCAGUUCAUCCACACCUCUUUUGACUUCUCCUAUGAAGGGGACAUUACCGCACACUCUCUACUAGCUACUUGUCUAUCUCUUUUAUCUCCCUCCGUUAUUCGUCCCCACAUCUGUUUCUCCUCUCUCCUGUCUUUAUGUACCUCUGGUUCUCUCUGAAGUCUUCAGCCCCUGAGAGCCCGUUGGACCCUGAAAGCCCAUGGAACCUUGAGUGAGUGCCAGCCCAACCCGACACCACAAACCCCCUCUCGCGGACCGGCCUGCUGCACUGCAUGGUGGAACCUUCACAAUGAGCAGACAUUUCAAAAACAUCUUAAUAAACCAGCCAUUGCACGCGGAUCAAACGACGGCAAACGCCAUAUACAGGCCAAACGGUCGGGACUCUUUAUUCUUCCUCAGUGCUGAGGAUUUGAUUAGAUGAUGCCAGGUAGACUUUGGGAAGGCCAGCAAAGGAACUUCAACAGGCAGGUGCUAAAAAAAACCUUGGAGGUAUGAGAAAAGUGAGAAAUCCGGUGGAUUGAGAGUAUUUAUAUGACCUGUUCAGCAGUAUAGCUCCACAUGUCAUCUCCUGCUGGUCCUCAUAUUUCUCACAAUGUUAUAGGCUUUCCCCUUUACUGCGUGAAUUGUUAGGCUGUGUUUCAUUAUGUGUUUCAACGAUAGUAUUAACUCUUAUGAGUGCAUACAAAGGUGGCUUUUAUUGUGAUAGUGUCUGGGUUUAAAAAGCAUUAUAGACAAAAAAGAAGAAAAUGCGGAAAGAAACGACCUCUUGGUUUUGGACGAGUGGCCUCUGUGCUUCUAAAAGUCUUUGACGUUGUUCUUGAGCUGUUUUGGUUUAGCACAGCUCUAGGCGUCGAUUGUGAAAAGAAGUCACACAGGACUACAUCUCCAGUUUAUUUCUUUCUUUAAGGGGGUUGUUAAAGUACAAACAAUGAAAAGCACAAAUGCCAGCUACGAACGGAAGGAAGGAAAUCAACGGUGGCCAAAAAGAAUGGGAUGUGCUUAUGAAUAUGAACCGUCUACUUUUUUGUGAAUGUUGAUGAUUUUUGAUGUUUUAAGUUACUGAGUUUUCAUUAUGCUUCUCUUUUGCUCUUGAUUGUGCCGUUGCUGCCAAAAGGAAGAAUUUUGGGGGGCUCUUAGCUGCUCCUUCUCUAUGUUACUGUUGUCUUACUGCAGUUAUCACAAAUAUUGUUAUUAUGGUUAUUAUUAUUAUUAUUUCAUAGGUAUUUCAUGUUGGCAACUAAAAACGCAUGUUGUGCACUAUGAAACUUUUUUAUGCCAUAAACUAUAUAUCUAUAAAAUAUAUAAAAAUAUAUUAUGUAUGCAUAUAUAUACAUAUUUAGUGUAUAUAUAUGCAAUGAUUGUAAUGUAAUGUAUGAAUGUUCAGAAAAUGUUAUUUUUGUCAAUGAAGACAGAAGGGAGAGAUGAUGCACUUGGUUUUGAUUUAAAAAUAGUUAUUUUUCUAAAAGAACAAAAAAUAUAAUAAACAUUAACAGCUCACCUUUCCCUUAAUAUGAAAAGCAUUGUUACUGCCUUUCAUACAAAAUGUGUAUUAUGUACGAUGACUAUAUUCAAACUGUGGGGCAUAUAGUGAUAUAUAUGUAUCACUUUUGUGGAUGCUGUCCACUGCUUUUUGCUGUGCUUGAUUUGUCAAUAUGAAAUUGGUCCCACAGCACUUGUUCAUCAACCCCCUGUGGACAAAACACACUGGACACAAAUAUCAAAAAUGCCUAAAUAAAUAUAUAUAUGCUUAAGAAAAAAUAAGUAAUGAACCGAGUGUCUCAAUGUAUACUAGAAUAUCUGCAGCUGUGUUUUAAGCAGUAAUGUCGCUUUUCAUGUCCAGUGUGUGCUGUCUGCCCAUAACUUGUGUGUGUGUGUGUGUGUGUGGGUGUGUGUGUAUUUUUCAGGGCUUGAUUGAUAACUUUCAAUCAGCCCUAAAAUAUAAAUGUUAUGGACCUGAUCAGAAUAUUAUGUGCAACUACAUCAAACACAGAUGCAAGUAUUUUAACUCAGAGAAGAUCCAUUGUUCUUAGUGACUUUGGCUUCAUGUGUAGUAUUUUAUGGGAUUACGAAGACCUUAUAUGUACAGUUGUUUAAAAUGAAAUGACUUUUGAUGAUACAUUUAUAUACGCAAGUGUAACCUUGUCUUGAAAUCAGACUCAUUUAAUGGGUCAGAGUUUAAAUUUAAAGCAGAAAAAAAUCAUUUUUGGGGAAAACAUAUGUACUAGUUGAAAUCUGAAUUAUGGCAACACAAAAUGUAAUGAAGAUAAAGCUUUGGUUUCACUAAAAGGGACAUUAUACAAUAUCAGAAAGCUAUUGAACUAUGUCUGUGCUGUCAAACAGCUUUGUGAUUUUGAGCAAAUUUACUUUGAAAGAAAGCUAUAUUGUGUGUAACAACAGUUUUAUGUUGUUUUGUUUUUAGAUGUUGGUGCUUUUGUCACUUCUACACCAAAACAUAUUGUUACUGUAUCUUUACCUAUAUGAUCUGGCUCUGAUAUGAUAGCAUAAAGAGAUGCAAAGUGUUGGUUAAAUGAUACAGUAUUAGUAAUUCUCUGUGGUCUUCCACUUUGCAAAAACUCCUCAACUGCACAAUCAUGGGAGACUAUGUUCUAGCUAUGAUAAUCCUAGGUAUUUUCAAAUUCACGGUGCAUUGAUUUGACACAGUGGAAUGCAAUAUAUCAGAUACUCUAGGACAACCAUGUAGCAAAUCAACUUAAUUGUAAGAUUAAAAUUGAUCCUGAAUGCUACAGUGUCACAGUAAAGAAUAGAGAAUUUUUUUUAUUUUCCAGGUUAUUUUAUGUAUGAUUUACUCUGCUAAGUACUUGGUUAUGCAUUAUGAGGUUGUAAAAUGUCAGUGCCUCUUAAGACAGUGGGGAUAAUUUGAUAGAUGAAUUGUUUUGCUUUCUAAUGCACAUUUGAAGAUUGCCUUCGAUUUAAAAAUAGUGAAAUAUUAGUGAUCAUAUAGCUUAAUGUUACAACCACUUGUUAAGUAUAAAGAGGGCUGAAUAUUUAAAACCUUUUGCCUUUUUCGAGGGGAAAUGAAUGGUAAAAUAUUACAAUAUGGUGCUUUUUUCAAUACUAUUUGUCUUUGUAUAUACUUGAUUAAGAAAGCAGAUGACAGAAGUGUCUGGUUUGAUGUCAUGGGCUUAGGACACUCGUGAUUGCUUUAAAGGAGUGCAUUCCUCACCCUGACUGAUGGCUCUGCUCUUAGUUCUCAGAAUUUUUAAUUCAUUCUAAACAUCCCUUGUGAGUGAUAUAACCCGCCGUUCUGCAUUCUUUAUGCUCAUUCUCCAUUUCAUUUCACUUUAUGCUAUAUUUCUAGCCCUUUAAUGAAUGGAGAAGGACAUGUCAUAUUGUUACAUAGACUGUGAAAAGUAGGUGUGCUGUCCUAUAUCUUUGUAUGACGUCCGUUUUUCUUGUAAUGAAAAUGUCUACAAAAUAAACAUAUUCAGAAGCA